GCCCAAUUCAGUACUAAAAUCUAGAUCUAGAUUUCUAGGUUCUCUCCCAUCAGAAAUGGAAAACGAAAUGAGUACAAAUAAUUUCGCAAAGGCUAUAUUAAAAUUACUGAAGAGGCUUAACAAAGUGAAUUUGGAUGAAGCUCUUCAUAGAGGUUGUAAACCAUUUUAUGUUGAGAACAAGCAGGUAGGCUUGAUCAGGCCAGACUUUUUGACUCACUUAAAGCAUUACACAGAGGAACUCCAAAUAGUUGAAGAAGAUUCUUAUGCCAAUAAAAAUGGAAAUAAACCUGGAGUUCACCUUUCAUCUAAAUACCAUUCUUAUAAAGAAAAAACUGAAGCUAUGAAUCGACUACUUGAAAAUUUGAGAGAAAAAGAUGUGAUUCUUGCUUUACGUGGCUGGAGAAAUGAGAACUAUAAAGUUGCCCAAAUGUACACAGAAAAGGCUCUUCUUGAAGUAGAAAGAUCUUGUUGUGGUUUAUUUGGUUUUAUUCAGUAUGGAGUGCAUGUAAAUGGAUUCACAAAAGAUGAUAAUGGAGAAAUAAAGAUAUGGAUAGGCAAGAGAUCAAAAACGAAACAAACCUUUCCUGACAUGUAUGAUAAUAUGUGUGCUGGUGGAUUGGCCGCUGACCUUGGAGUAUUAGAGUGUGUAAAAAAAGAAUGUAAGGAGGAGGCUAGUGUUUCAGAUGAAGUCCUAGAAGGAUUGAAGUUUGUUGGCAACGUUAGUUACUUCUAUGAAGAUGAAAGGGGAUUAUUUCCUGAAUGCCAAUUUAUUUAUGAUCUUCAAGUUCCUAUUGAUUUCACACCUGUUAAUGCAGAUGGUGAAGUUGCUGACUUUCACCUGUAUUCAGUUGAUGAGGUAAAGCAACUGAUUAUUGGUGAUAACUUCAAGCCAAAUUGUGCAGCAAUAUGUCUGGAGUUUCUUAUAAGACAUGGUUUUAUUAACCCAGACACAGAUCCCUAUGUAAGCUACUAUGUAGAGCAACUGCAUGCCCCACUACAAAGUUACUAUGCUGGCAAAUAGCAUGCUCUGUGAAAUGAUAGGAAAACAUUCAAGGAGUCUUAUUUUCUUUCCUUCAAUUUGGACAUAUUGAAAGCAAGUUCACCCUGUAGCUGCUUGUUUGAA